CUCGUGCCGUGAAGAAAUGACAUGAAGCGCGAGCUGAGCGACUCCUAGAAAGUUACUCAAAGUUUGGCACCAUUGUUUUAUAGGGGCGUGGGCUCGUGGAGUGCCCUGCACCCCGAGAACAUGUCUAUGCUGGAUUUCUCAUAACGUAAUGUGUCUGAGCAGAAAUACUGCACUCUGCUUCCAUCUUCUGGGAAGCUGGAGACCCGCAGCGCUGGCGUCAUGGUGAAGGAUGUUUCGAAAGGUGAAGAAGCGCCACAGCAGCAGCAGCUCCCAGAGCAGUGAGAUCAGCACUAAAAGCAAGUCGGUAGAUUCCAGUUUGGGGGGCCUGUCUAGGUCCAGCACAGUCGCCAGUCUUGAUACGGACUCCACCAAGAGCUCAAGUAACGCCGUGUCUGACACCUGUGCUGAGUUCAGAGUCAAGUAUGUGGGAGCCAUCGAGAAGCUACAGUUUGAGAUGAGCAAAACCCUUCAGGAGCCUCUAGACCUGAUCAACUACAUCGAUGCAGCUCAGCAAGAUGGAAAACUGCCGUUUGUGCCUAGAGAUGAGGAGAUGAUUCUGGGAGUGUCCAAGCAUGGAGUUAAAGUGGCCUCACUGGACCAGUGUGAUGUGCUUCACCGUCACCCGCUCUACCUGAUUGUACGAAUGCUUUGCUAUGAUGAUGGUCUGGGUGCUGGAAAAAACCUGCUCGCCCUGAAGACCACAGAUGCAGAGCAGCAGGAGUGCAGCAUCUGGGUGUAUCAGUGCAGCAGUGCGGAACAAGCCCAGGCCAUCUGUAAAGUACUGUCCACCUCCUUCGACUGUGCCCUGGCCUCAGAGAAGUCCUGAGGUCUGUUUGGGAGUGUUCCGGUUCCUCCACCCUCCCUCCCUCACUCACUCAGCAGCAGGAGGAGGAGGAUUGAAGUCUGUUUGUGGAAGGUGCCCUUUUGAAACGCUUCUGACAGAAAUGCUGGAAUUCGUCUCACUUUGAUUCAUGUCAGUACAGCUGAUCCGUCUUUGUUCAGCAUGAAAGGGCAGCCAUCUCAACCACAUGUUUACAUCAUAUACAUUAGUCCCAGCAUCCUCUUCUCUUUAACAGCCCCACCACAACCCAAAAACCAAGUUUGGGCUGUGUCUAUUUUUGUAACCUAAUUUAAUCUUAUUUAAUGUAAAUAUACAAUAACCUCAGAGCACAUUUCCCACUAUGGGCCAGUGAAUCUGGGAUUUGUCGGGCUCUAAUGGGAUUUGUGUAAACCGUGGUACAUUAAUGUCGGUGUAAACACAAAGAUGCUGUAAAACCCAAACCCUCUGCGUCUUUUAUAUGUACAUGCCCCUUUUUUGUCAUCCUCCUGAUCCAGGUGGGAUCAGAUCAUUUAAUAUGGUACAAUAAAUGCGAAUGUAAUACAGUU